AUGCCAACGCAGCUCAUCAAGUCUGCAGGCGAGUACGACGCUGUUACUCAAGAGGGCACAGUGGUGGUCACUUUCUUUGCAACAUGGAACGGCCCCAGCAGGCAGAUCAAGCCGUUUAUUGAGGAGACAAGCAACAAAAAGGAAUAUAUGAACAUCAAAUUCGUGCUGGUGGAUGCCGAUGAGUGCCCUGAGCUAACGGAGCGAGAAGAUGUAAGCUCCAUGCCAACAUUGAAGAUCUACAAGAAUGGGAAGUGCAUGCACAACCUUACAGGUGCCAAUCAGGCGGCCGUUGAUGAUUGCUUAAAAAGGGCCAUUUGA